UUUCCUUUCCUUUCCUUUCCUUUCCUUUCCUUUCCUUUCCUUUCCUUUUUUCUUUCUUUUCUUUCUUUAUUCACACAUCUUCACUCUAGGACAAUUCCCUAUAUCCAUCCACAACUCGCCAUACAUCUUUUAUUCCUCUUUCUUAAUCACAUUCUCGCGCGUUUUUUUUUCUUCCUUGCACUCUAUACCCUAGUACAUCUUCAUCAGCCUUACCACACACACGCACUUUUUGUACAUUCAACCCUUACUUCCAUUUACACAAUAUCUACUUUCUGUAACAUUUAAUCUCUCAGUUUCAUACAUAAUACAUAAUACAUAAAAAAAGUAAAAUGUUUGGCGUUCAACCGAGUAUGAUGCCUACAACAUAUCAGCACGAUAAUACACCUAGCCACAGUAACAAAAGCGACUCUUACCGAGCCCGCAAAGAUCCUUUAAAGCACUACAACAGCAAUACCAGUAUCAAUAGUGCGAACUCUUACAGUAGCCACAACAGCACCACUAUCAACAACGCACGAUUCAACAGCAAUCAUGCCAACUACAUCGCAAGUAACAAUGGUCACAGCCAUAAUAAGAGUGAUAGCAUAGGCAGCACGGGGUCCAUCCCUCUUGCCUUUAUCCGCCCCACUUCUCCUACGAUGCAACAUGCUCAAAGCCGGCCCAGUAUUGAACAUGUUACUAAACAGGGAACCCUCACGGAGGAGCUCUACAACUAUCAACAUUACCAGCAACAGCUUCAGCAGCAACAAUACCAGCUCAAACAGCAAACGCAUGAGCAACAGCAACAAAACCAGUCUCUCCAAUUUGAACUUCAAUACCCAAUGCCUGAGGUUGGAGAGUACCAUCAGUGCCUACAGUGGCUGCAGCAGAAGAGCCGGCCUGUGCUUAUGAGAGAGCUGAUGCAGCUCAAUAACGUACCAGUACCGAUUACUGCAGCAAACUCAAAGCACCCGAGUCAAAUUGGUGGUACUCAGGAUGUGCAAAUCGCCAUGUGGAAGCAAGACCAAGUCCAGGUUAUGCCUGUCGAUCGAUGGGGUAAUCCAGAGGAAGUACUUGCAGAGAUCCAAACACUUCACAAUCUGCGUCGAUGCAAACAAGUUAUCCAGCUCUUUGGCUACCUUCCCAGUGCCAAUCUCCCCUCGGGCCAAUCUCCAGCUUUGCUCCUUCAACAACCCAGCAAUGGCUCCUUGCGCCAAUUCCUUGAUAACAACUUUGACCUGAUCCAAUGGCCAGAGCGUUACAAACUCGGUUUGGACAUUGCUCAGGGAUUGCGUUACUUGACUCUUCAUGGCAUUCCAUGCACCAUGAACUCGGGCAACAUCUUGGUCGAUGCUGAUGGUGUUGCAAUCCUUACGGGAUUCGGCUCCCCAGGCGGCAUGAUCACAUCUGCGCCAUGUCAGCUCACUGUCCAACCAUCAGGUCCAUCUUUGGUUGUAUACAUGGCUCCUGAGAGAAUCAUGGGUAAAGGCAGCUACAGACUUGAGUGGUCUGUCUAUUCCUUGGGUAUCUUGCUCUGGGAGCUAUCUUCUGGCAGAAUGCCAUUUGAGGAAAUCAUCACCCGCGCUGAGUCUGGGCCUAGACUUGCCAAGAAUAUGGAGCAACUUUCUUCUGCGAUUGUGAAGGGCUUGCGUGAGGAGAGUGUCCCUGGUACACCCGACAUCUAUGAGCAACUUUACAAGAUGUGUUGGUCAGGUGAUGCAGAGUCUAGGCCACCCCUGGAUGUUGUCGAAGAGACGCUCCAGAUGUUGGUGGCGGUUGAGCCUAUUGAUAUGUUGAUGCUUCCUGGGGAGGAAAUGUGCAUGCCGAUUUCCACAGUUGUAUCUGAAAGUAUUGAUGGCGACAACAUCAGCGCCCACUCGCCCACUCGCUCCAGCAGUGUACGGUCGAUUUCGCCUGACCGUGUCAACACGGGCUCGAUCUCCGGAUCAACUAUCCGUGGUCAUGCCAAACCAAGUACUCUUCAUGAAGCUAUCAGUGUGUCAAACGCGGAUAUGACUGAGUGGUAUAUUCUUGCGGGCCAUGAUCUCAAUGGCUACGCUAUUGUUCCAACAUUCUCGCUCGAGUGUGAAAUCACACCCAUCCAGACUUGCUUGGGACACUUCAUGCCUCAAUCAUUGGCCAUCUUCAAGGAGUUGAUGGAACAAGAUGUCGAUGUCAAGCUAUUGGCCAAGCGAUCCCUUCAGAACUGUCUACAUAUCCUUUUGGACCGCUACAUCCCUUUCAAGAACGAUCGAGGAUCAUCUCAUUUAUUCACAGCUCUUGAUAUGCUUCUGAAGGCUGGGGUCGAAGUGAAUGCCUUGGAUGUUCAGGGGCAUACGCCCUUGCAUUUGUUGAUGCGAAAUCCGCGCAUGUCGUCUGAGGAUGUAGCAGAAUGUCUAAAGCGUAUGGUAGCUAAGGGAGCAGACACCUCGAUUCCUUCACCCAAGGAUGGAAAUGUCCUUGCAUUGGCUGCAAAGUAUCUGCACCUUGAGGCAGCUCGAUUCAUUCUCUCAAACGACAUUCUGGCCUCUGAACCCGAGUCGAUCGACCGAGCGAUUGAGGCAUGUAUGACCAUGACAGGUCGUGCAACCGAUACGUUUGUGAAUCUUCGAAGCAAGACGCGAGAACUCUUGAAGAUGUGGACGGGCACAGCAGGAUUGCCUCGACGAGAGAAGCUGGUAGUCAAGGUGUUACAGAAUGCAGGCCAGUUAGAUCAAUCAGGCAUGAGGGUCAAGGAGGGUCGUGUUGUAUCAUUGGCCCCAUCCCCACAGUUGGCUUGUGCCAACCGAUUCUAUGACAAGAAUGUGAAGAAAAAGCGGGAGAGACUCUUGUCAUCGUUAGGUGUUGUACCAUUGGGUGUCUUCUCGUAACUUUUUGUAUCAAUUUAUUUUUCAUCAUCAUUGCAUUUUCUUUUGUAUUCGUUAUCAUUCAUUUAUUUUUUUUUAAAAAAAAAAAAUACUUAUUAGUGUAAUAAAUACUCAAAGUGGGAA